AAUUCACUGUUUUUAAUUGAUCAAAAUGUCUAAUUCCAAAUGGCAAGCACGUCGGGAUAAAAUCAGAGAGUCAUUUGGCUUGCCCAAAUUUAGCAGAGACAGUGAAGAAUCACAACAGCCAGAAUCGAGAUCAGAGAAUCGGUCAGAGCACAGUACGACCGGCCCCACACAGUCUGAUCCAGAUAUGGAGACGGAAUUGGGACCGUAUUAUUUAGAUGGAGACAUGCCGAGUUAUAACUUUAUUGGUAAAUUGGCCAGACAAUGUUUGGUAAAUGGUUAUAAAUUGGGCACUUGGCGUUUCGACUGCACUUCUGGGUUGGGCGACGAUUACAAAUUGUAUAGUUUUGGGGCUGGAAAACCCGAUUCUAAAGCUGUUGUGGGAGGUAUUGAAUUUAGCGAACAGUUUGGUAUGUUCCAUUUGUCGCAGGCGUUCAGAACCGACGGCUUAUUUGGUACACUCGGUAUGCGUAGUGAAAUUUUUGGCGGUUUGGGGCUGUCUAUGCUUCGGGCGAUUUACAAUCACGACGAGGAGAACAAAGACGAUAGGCUGACGCUUGAGGUGCAGGCCGCUUUAGAGUUUGAUCCAUUCAAGAUUGAACUGAUCGCUCCACUUAUAAAUGGUUCGCUGGUGUCGGCCUAUACCUAUUAUGAGCAUCCGUCCGAAAUAUUUAUAUGUUCCGUGGGAGCGGUUGUCGAUGUUCCCAAAUUGGAGGUGAAUUGGCAUGAAUUCGGUGUGGGGAUUCGAAGUGAACAAGAUUACACUGAAAUCGGUCUAAAGCUAGAGAACUUCAAGAAUAUUAAAGGAUCUAUAUUGCAGCGCAUAAGCGAGAACAUUGUGCUUGCUGUGAUGGCCAGAAUGACUGAAUGGGAGAAUCUGAAAGUUACCAUAGGCGGUCAGUACGAGAUAGAUGAUGAAAGAAUCAUUAAAGCGAGAAUAUGCAGUACUGGUUAUAUGGGAAUAGUUUACCAAGCCGAGCUUACCGAGAAUAUCCAAUUCAUGACUCACGUCGGAUUUAACGUGAAGCACCCUGUUGAUGGAAAUCAUACAUUUGGUGUGGCAUGUAAUUUAAGUUGCUAAUGGGAAACAUUUUCAAUUUUAAUAUUAAUUUACAAACGGGUAAAAUUGU